AAGUCUCAAACUUUCUCUCUCUCUUUCUCUCUUGGGGUCUGGGUUAGGUCAAGAAAGAGAAGGAUAGCGUCCAUUCUGCAUUGCCUUGCUGUGCUGUCAAUUUUAUUCUUUAAUCUUUAUUUUGUUUCUUCUUUCUUUAUUUUAUCAGCAAAAACAAAAAAUUGAGUCACUUUCUCCAACCCUUUUUAUGAAGCUUCUGCAUUCUGUACCUUGCUGUUCUUUCUGCUGCUACCAUGAGCUUUUAGCAAAAAAUGCUCCUCAAUUUCAUCCAAAUUCCCUGCCUUUAUGGCCUCUCGGUGUGCUACAUGCUCCUCACAAUCAAACCCACCUACAGAUUUUGAUAUCAAUGCUCCUAUUCUAACAAGUUGCUGCCAACAACCACUUCAUUACCCAAGCUCAAGCACCCCCACCAACUCCAAUUUCUGCCUCAGCCACUGCUACUUCAUUUGCUGUUUCAUUUCUCUCAAUUGCUGAAUUCUGAGACUUGCACAUGCUUCUGAACUCUCCCAUGCCUCCUUUCAGGAACAUAUGAUGACUGGCAAAGUUUACUCCAUAUUCAAUUGCCAAUAUAUUUUUCCUUCCAGAAAACAACUCGCCAUGAAGUUUCCUUCAACUUCAGGCACUUCUUUUCUUUUUGUCAUAGUGAUUCUUUUCCCUUUAGUUAUUGCUGAUCUAAGUUCAGAUAAGCAAGCCCUUCUUGAUUUGGUCAAUGCUGUCCCCCACCGGCGAAACCUUACAUGGAAUCCAACCGCCUCAGUCUGUGAAUCAUGGGUAGGCAUUACUUGCAAUGAAGAUAGAACUCGUGUUGUUAAGGUUCGGCUUCCCGGCGUUGGACUAGUUGGCACCAUUCCAUCAAAUACACUUGGCAAGCUUGAUGCUGUGAAAAUUAUUAGCCUUCGGUCCAACCUACUCAGUGGAAAUCUCCCUGCUGACCUUGCUUCUCUUCCUUCUCUUCAGUAUCUCUAUCUCCAGCAUAACAACCUUUCUGGUGAUAUACCUGCAUCAUUGUCUCCCCAACUUGUUGUGCUUGAUUUGUCAUAUAAUUCCUUCACCGGUGGCAUUCCAAAGACAUUUCAAAAUUUUUCAGAACUAACUAGUUUGAAUCUCCAAAACAACUCCCUAUCUGGAGUGAUACCUAAUCUCAAUGUCACUCAGCUUAGGCUUUUGAAUUUAAGCUACAACCAUUUGAAUGGUUCUAUUCCUAAAGCUCUUCAGAGUUUUCCAAAUUCUUCCUUUGAAGGAAACUCACUUUUAUGCGGACCUCCCCUAAAGCCGUGCUCGGGGGUUCCUCCUAGACCUUCUCCUGCCUUGUCUCCACCUCCAUCAUCAACUCCAGGGAGACAAAACUCAAAAUACAAAUUGAGUAAAAUAGCUAUCAUUGCAAUUGGUGUUGGAGGAGCUGUGGUGUUAUUCUUUAUUGUUCUUGUCAUUGUUAUUUGCUGUGUGAAGAAAGAAGGCGGCAGAGGCUCCAAUGUGAUCAAAGGAAAGGGCUCUGGUGGUGGCAGGGGUGAGAAGCCAAAAGAAGAGUUUGGGAGUGGGGUUCAAGAACCUGAGAAGAACAAGUUGGUUUUCUUUGAGGGCAGUUCUUAUAAUUUUGAUCUUGAGGAUUUGCUGAGAGCUUCAGCUGAAGUCCUGGGAAAGGGUAGUUAUGGCACUGCCUAUAAGGCCAUACUGGAGGAGUCAAUGACUGUUGUGGUGAAAAGAUUGAAAGAAGUUGUGGUAGGGAAGAAGGACUUUGAACAGCAGAUGGAAAUUAUGGGAAGAGUUGGACAACACACAAAUGUUGUCCCCCUUCGCGCUUAUUACUAUUCAAAAGAUGAAAAGCUUCUGGUUUAUGACUAUAUCCUAGGUGGCAACCUACACACACUCUUGCAUGGUGGAAGAACGGGUGGAAGAACUCCCUUAGACUGGGAGUCCCGGAUAAGAAUAUCCCUUGGAAGUGCCAAAGGACUGGCUCACAUUCAUUCUGUUGGUGGUCCCAAAUUCUCACAUGGAAACAUCAAGUCCUCAAAUGUUCUUCUCAACCAAGAUAAUGAUGGCUGCAUUUCUGAUUUUGGUCUUGCCCCUCUUAUGAACAUUCCUGCUACUCCUUCUAGAGCUGCUGGUUAUCGUGCUCCAGAGGUGAUUGAAACCCGAAAACACUCUCAUAAAUCAGAUGUGUACAGCUUCGGUGUCCUCCUUCUUGAGAUGCUUACUGGGAAGGCUCCUCUGCAAUCUCCUGGACGUGAUGACAUGGUUGAUCUCCCUAGGUGGGUUCAGUCUGUUGUUAGGGAAGAAUGGACUGCAGAAGUUUUUGAUGUUGAGCUUAUGAGGUACCAAAACAUUGAAGAAGAAAUGGUGCAGAUGUUGCAAAUAGCCAUGGCCUGUGUGGCCAAGGUGCCAGAUAUGAGGCCUACCAUGGAUGAAGUAGUAAGAAUGAUCGAAGAGAUUCGGCAAUCUGACUCAGAGAACCGACCAUCUUCUGAAGAAAAUAAAUCUAAGGACUCAAAUGUUCAGACUCCAUAGAUUAACUUUCCUUUUGCUUUAUCAGGAAAUCACAGUAUAAGAGUUAAUGCUUGGUCAAGGUUUCUCAAACUGUGUUCAAACCUCUCUGUCCAUUUCUUCAAUAUUUCUCACAGAUGUUUUUCUCGUUCUUGAGUUAUUUUCUCGUGUAGGUAGGUUGUUUUCCCUGAAUUCUUAUGUAUUAAUUAACAUCAUCAUUCAAUUAAUGAUCUUCAUUCAAGCA